AUGGGGGCUGAUGUGAAUUCAUGGGUGGGUGAUGUGAAUUCAUGGGUGGGUGAUGUGAAUUCAUGGGUGGGUGAUGUGAAUUCAUGGGUGGGUGAUGUGAAUUCAUGGGUGGGUGAUGUGAAUUCAUGGGUGGGUGAUGUGAAUUCAUGGGUGGGUGAUGUGAAUUCAUGGGUGGGUGAUGUGAAUUCAUGGGUGGGUGAUGUGAAUUCAUGGGUGGGUGAUGUGAAUUCAUGGGUGGGUGAUGUGAAUUCAUGGGUGGGUGAUGUGAAUUCAUGGGUGGGUGAUGUGAAUUCAUGGGUGGGUGAUGUGAAUUCAUGGGUGGGUGAUGUGAAUUCAUGGGUGGGUGAUGUGAAUUCAUGGGUGGGUGAUGUGAAUUCAUGGGUGGGUGAUGUGAAUUCAUGGGUGGGUGAUGUGAAUUCAUGGGUGGGUGAUGUGAAUUCAUGGGUGGGUGAUGUGAAUUCAUGGGUGGGUGAUGUGAAUUCAUGGGUGGGUGAUGUGAAUUCAUGGGUGGGUGAUGUGAAUUCAUGGGUGGGUGAUGUGAAUUCAUGGGUGGGUGAUGUGAAUUCAUGGGUGGGUGAUGUGAAUUCAUGGGUGGGUGAUGUGAAUUCAUGGGUGGGUGAUGUGAAUUCAUGGGUGGGUGAUGUGAAUUCAUGGGUGGGUGAUGUGAAUUCAUGGGUGGGUGAUGUGAAUUCAUGGGUGGGUGAUGUGAAUUCAUGGGUGGGUGAUGUGAAUUCAUGGGUGGGUGAUGUGAAUUCAUGGGUGGGUGAUGUGAAUUCAUGGGUGGGUGAUGUGAAUUCAUGGGUGGGUGAUGUGAAUUCAUGGGUGGGUGAUGUGAAUUCAUGGGUGGGUGAUGUGAAUUCAUGGGUGGGUGAUGUGAAUUCAUGGGUGGGUGAUGUGAAUUCAUGGGUGGGUGAUGUGAAUUCAUGGGUGGGUGAUGUGAAUUCAUGGGUGGGUGAUGUGAAUUCAUGGGUGGGUGAUGUGAAUUCAUGGGUGGGUGAUGUGAAUUCAUGGGUGGGUGAUGUGAAUUCAUGGGUGGGUGAUGUGAAUUCAUGGGUGGGUGAUGUGAAUUCAUGGGUGGGUGAUGUGAAUUCAUGGGUGGGUGAUGUGAAUUCAUGGGUGGGUGAUGUGAAUUCAUGGGUGGGUGAUGUGAAUUCAUGGGUGGGUGAUGUGAAUUCAUGGGUGGGUGAUGUGAAUUCAUGGGUGGGUGAUGUGAAUUCAUGGGUGGGUGAUGUGAAUUCAUGGGUGGGUGAUGUGAAUUCAUGGGUGGGUGAUGUGAAUUCAUGGGUGGGUGAUGUGAAUUCAUGGGUGGGUGAUGUGAAUUCAUGGGUGGGUGAUGUGAAUUCAUGGGUGGGUGAUGUGAAUUCAUGGGUGGGUGAUGUGAAUUCAUGGGUGGGUGAUGUGAAUUCAUGGGUGGGUGAUGUGAAUUCAUGGGUGGGUGAUGUGAAUUCAUGGGUGGGUGAUGUGAAUUCAUGGGUGGGUGAUGUGAAUUCAUGGGUGGGUGAUGUGAAUUCAUGGGUGGGUGAUGUGAAUUCAUGGGUGGGUGAUGUGAAUUCAUGGGUGGGUGAUGUGAAUUCAUGGGUGGGUGAUGUGAAUUCAUGGGUGGGUGAUGUGAAUUCAUGGGUGGGUGAUGUGAAUUCAUGGGUGGGUGAUGUGAAUUCAUGGGUGGGUGAUGUGAAUUCAUGGGUGGGUGAUGUGAAUUCAUGGGUGGGUGAUGUGAAUUCAUGGGUGGGUGAUGUGAAUUCAUGGGUGGGUGAUGUGAAUUCAUGGGUGGGUGAUGUGAAUUCAUGGGUGGGUGAUGUGAAUUCAUGGGUGGGUGAUGUGAAUUCAUGGGUGGGUGAUGUGAAUUCAUGGGUGGGUGAUGUGAAUUCAUGGGUGGGUGAUGUGAAUUCAUGGGUGGGUGAUGUGAAUUCAUGGGUGGGUGAUGUGAAUUCAUGGGUGGGUGAUGUGAAUUCAUGGGUGGGUGAUGUGAAUUCAUGGGUGGGUGAUGUGAAUUCAUGGGUGGGUGAUGUGAAUUCAUGGGUGGGUGAUGUGAAUUCAUGGGUGGGUGAUGUGAAUUCAUGGGUGGGUGAUGUGAAUUCAUGGGUGGGUGAUGUGAAUUCAUGGGUGGGUGAUGUGAAUUCAUGGGUGGGUGAUGUGAAUUCAUGGGUGGGUGAUGUGAAUUCAUGGGUGGGUGAUGUGAAUUCAUGGGUGGGUGAUGUGAAUUCAUGGGUGGGUGAUGUGAAUUCAUGGGUGGGUGAUGUGAAUUCAUGGGUGGGUGAUGUGAAUUCAUGGGUGGGUGAUGUGAAUUCAUGGGUGGGUGAUGUGAAUUCAUGGGUGGGUGAUGUGAAUUCAUGGGUGGGUGAUGUGAAUUCAUGGGUGGGUGAUGUGAAUUCAUGGGUGGGUGAUGUGAAUUCAUGGGUGGGUGAUGUGAAUUCAUGGGUGGGUGAUGUGAAUUCAUGGGUGGGUGAUGUGAAUUCAUGGGUGGGUGAUGUGAAUUCAUGGGUGGGUGAUGUGAAUUCAUGGGUGGGUGAUGUGAAUUCAUGGGUGGGUGAUGUGAAUUCAUGGGUGGGUGAUGUGAAUUCAUGGGUGGGUGAUGUGAAUUCAUGGGUGGGUGAUGUGAAUUCAUGGGUGGGUGAUGUGAAUUCAUGGGUGGGUGAUGUGAAUUCAUGGGUGGGUGAUGUGAAUUCAUGGGUGGGUGAUGUGAAUUCAUGGGUGGGUGAUGUGAAUUCAUGGGUGGGUGAUGUGAAUUCAUGGGUGGGUGAUGUGAAUUCAUGGGUGGGUGAUGUGAAUUCAUGGGUGGGUGAUGUGAAUUCAUGGGUGGGUGAUGUGAAUUCAUGGGUGGGUGAUGUGAAUUCAUGGGUGGGUGAUGUGAAUUCAUGGGUGGGUGAUGUGAAUUCAUGGGUGGGUGAUGUGAAUUCAUGGGUGGGUGAUGUGAAUUCAUGGGUGGGUGAUGUGAAUUCAUGGGUGGGUGAUGUGAAUUCAUGGGUGGGUGAUGUGAAUUCAUGGGUGGGUGAUGUGAAUUCAUGGGUGGGUGAUGUGAAUUCAUGGGUGGGUGAUGUGAAUUCAUGGGUGGGUGAUGUGAAUUCAUGGGUGGCUGAUUCCCCUCCUCCUCUCCAUCUGGCUGCCUAUCACAGCUGCUGCUGUCCCAGCUGCUCAGGUCCCGACCUACCUUUGGCGCCUGCAAGAUGA